AUGGCGACGAAGAGGCAGGGGAAGACUGGUGGGCGGGGGAGGAGUUCGAGGAGGACUGGGCGUGCGUUUUCGAGGCGUACUGUCCCGAGGGGGGCUCCGGGAGGAUGCCCUGUCUCGUCGCACGAGAGCCUCUUCAAGGCUCCGGGGUGA